AUGGCAGACUCUAACCCUAAAGAGGAUCUCUUGAGAACUUUACAGAAUUUGGGAGAAAAUGACUUUAAAGCAUUUAAGUGGUACCUGGAGCAGCCUGAGGUUCUGGAAGACCUCCCAACAAUCCCAAAGAGUCGACUGGAGAAGGCAGACCGGUGCGACACAGUGGAUCUGAUGGUUCAGACCUACAGUGAAAACACUCUGCAGGUGACCAAAAAGGUUGUGGGGAAGAUGAAUAAGCAAUGCUCACACACCAUCUCUAAACAGAUUCUAGCCAUGUGUCAGCAUAAAGUCAAAUCAAACCUCAAGGAGAAAUUUCAAAAUUUGUUUGAGAAAAUCACAAAAGCAGGAAAUUCAAAACUUCUACAAGAGUUCUUCACCGAGAUCUACAUACUAACGCAAGAAACUGGAGAGGUGAACAUGGAACAUGAGAUCAGACAGAUUGAAACAGCAUCCAGGAAACCAGACAGACCAGGAACAACAAUCAGACAAGAAGACAUCUUUAAAGCCUCACCUGGAAGAGAUAAACCAAUCAGAACAGUGAUGACAAAGGGAGUGGCUGGCAUUGGGAAAACAGUCUUAACACAGAAGUUCACUCUGGACUGGGCUGAAGACAAAGCCAACCAGGACAUACACUUCACAUUUCCAUUCACCUUCAGAGAGCUGAAUGUGCUGAAAGAGAAAAAGUACAGCUUGGUGGAACUUGUUCAUCUCUUCUUUACUGAAACCAAAGAAGCAGGAAUCUACAGGUUUGAAGAGUUCCAGGUUGUGUUCAUCUUUGACGGUCUGGAUGAGUGUCGACUUCCUCUGGACUUCCACAACAAUGAGAUCCUGACUGAUGUUACAGAGUCCACCUCAGUGGAUGUGCUGCUGACAAACCUCAUCAGGGGUAAACUGCUUCCCUCUGCUCGCCUCUGGAUAACCACACGACCUGCAGCAGCCAAUCAGAUCCCUCCUGAGUGUGUCGGCAUGGUGACAGAGGUCAGAGGGUUCACUGACCCACAGAAGGAGGAGUACUUCAGGAAGAUAUUCAGAGAUGAGGAGCAGGCCAGCACCAUCAUCUCCCACAUCAAGACAUCACGAAGCCUCCACAUCAUGUGCCACAUGCCAGUCUUCUGCUGGAUCACUGCUACAGUUCUGGAGAAUGCGUUGAAAAGAAGAAAGAGAAGAGAGCUGCCCAAGUCCCUGACUGAGAUGUACAUCCACCUCCUGGUGGUUCAGGCCAAACUGAAGAACAUCAAGUAUGAUGGAGGAACUAAGAGAGAUCCACACUGGAGUCCAGAGAACAGAACGAUGAUUGAGUCUCUGGGAAAACUGGCUUUUGAGCAGCUGCAGAAAGGCAACCUGAUCUUCUAUGAAUCAGACCUGACAGAGUGUGGCAUCGAUAUCAGAGCAGCCUCAGUGUGCUCAGGAGUGUUCACAGAGAUAUUUAAAGAGGAGAAAGGGCUGUACCAGGACAAGGUGUUCUGCUUCGUCCAUCUGAGCAUUCAGGAGUUUCUGGCUGCUCUACAUGUCAAUCUGACAUUCAUCAAGUCUGGAGUCAAUCUGCUGGCAGAAGAACAAACAACAUCCCAGACAGGUUUCUACCAGAGUGCUGUGGACGAGGCCUUAAAGAGUCCAAAUGGACACCUGGACUUGUUCCUCCGCUUCCUCCUGGGUCUUUCACUGAAGACCAAUCAGAUGCUCCUACGAGGUCUGCUGACACAGACAGGAAGUAGCUCACAGACCAAUCAGGAAGCAGUCGAGUACAUCAAGAAGAAGAUCAGUGAGAAUGUGUCUGCAGAGAGAAGCAUGAAUCUGUUCCACUGUCUGAAUGAACUGAAUGAUCGUUCUCUAGUGGAGGACAUCCAACACUACCUGAGAUCAGGAAGUCUUUCCACAGAUAAACUGUCUCCUGCUCAGUGGUCAGCUCUGGUCUUCAUCUUACUGUCAUCAGAAAAAGAUCUGGACGUGUUUGACCUGAAGAAAUACUCUGCUUCAGAGGAGGCUCUUCUGAGGCUGCUGCCAGUGGUCAAAGCUUCACAUAAAGCUCUGUAA